CUCAUUUUGACCAAUCGAAUUUCGCGUUAUUUUCUUUGAUUGAGCUUUUUUGGCGCUUAAAAACCAAAAUGGCGGACAAAUAAAGAUAAUCCGAACAAUUGAUCGAUUGUGCGCCUGCUAAUAUGCGAAAGAGAAAGCGUUCUCAAAGAGAAGGUUCCGGCGACUCUGAUUUUGAGGUCGAUAUAGAAACUUUUUCAGACAACAACGAUUCGGACAGCGUUCCUUCAAGAUCGAGUUCUCCGAGGAAGGGCGAUCACUUGAAGUCCAGUAGGCCUCGUCGCGUCACCUUCCGUAAAAAAGGGAGACGGCAGUCUAGCCGUCUAAGUGGUUCUGAGACUAAAUGUGGAAGCGGUAGUAAUCUGGAGGCACAGCCGGAGUGUUGUAUCUGCUACGGCACAGAAGAUGAUGAAAACAGUGACAUCGAAGAGAUGAUCAAAUGUGCUGAAUGCUUGAAACCCAGUCAUCCAUCUUGCCUUGACCUUGGUGACAAUGUUGCUGACAUCAUCAAGCACUAUCCCUGGCAGUGCAAUGACUGCAAGACCUGUCAUCUGUGCGACACAGGCGAGGUUCAGAAUGAGCUUUUGCUUUGUGAUAACUGUGACAGAGGCUAUCACAUGUCCUGUCUUGACCCCAAACUUACUAAGGCUCCCAAAGGGGCAUGGCACUGCGUGCUGUGUUCCACAGGCAUACCACCACAGUCACCACUAACAAGCACGAUAUGCGAAGAGACAACUGAAUAUCACCCUGAGCAGCAUACUCCGCUGCCACCUCCUAGUAAAUCUCCCAAGAGAUCUAGCCCAAAAAGGAAAUCUGGCAAGAGAAAAACGUCUCUAAAAUUCUCACACAAGAAGAGACAAAAAGCAUGGAAGAGACUACAGAGAGCUGCAACAGACGAUCAUGACUCAGAAGAAUCUACCCCCACAUCAUCGCCAAUCAAGGAAACGCUACCAGGGCAACAGGAUGGAAGUGAGGGCCCCCAUGUGCGCACACCCUUCAAGCAGUUUUAUGUCAAAAGUGCUGUUGUCCAGAAAAGGUGUCCAACUCCUGGCUGUGAUGGGCGUGGUCACUUCACUGGACGUUUCGACAUGCAUCACACUACAUCAGGCUGCCCUAAGUACCAUAAUAUGACCCCAGAGGAUUGUAAGUCGAAACAUCUUGAGCGGGAGAGAGAUGGCCCAGACAAACCUCCAAAGCCUGUUAGAAAAAAUCCUUCUACUCUGACCGAUGAGCUUCCAAGAAGAGAGCUCAGGCGGCAGGCACAGAUUCAAGCAGCACUUGUACAGGAUAAGCUUCGUGCAACACUGUCUGGUACCGACACUCCACCACUCCCAGACCGCUCCAAGAUGCUGCCAUCAGCAUUUGUUCCCAUUAAGGAGCCUUAUCAUGUGUACGAGCCUGGGGACCAGGUUCUUCCUCCUGAGGAGCUCAACGAGGAGCCCUUGAAGGGACUAACACCAGAGUACGACCUCAAGCUUUUCAAAGAGGCGUGGGAUAAAGCCGCAGAAGCUAACGAGGAGGAAGUGUCUUUGCCCCUGAAUGGCAGACCGGUGUGUCGCUGUAUUGAGCUUGGAAGUUAUGAGAUUGACACGUGGUACUCCUCCCCCUAUCCUGAAGAGUACCAGAGGCUGAAGAAAAUCUACCUUUGCGAGUUUUGCCUGAAGUACAUGAAAAGCCCUACCAUCCUUCGAAGACACAUGGCCAAAUGCUCAUGGAAGCAUCCCCCAGGAGAUGAGAUUUACAGGAAGGCUGGUCUCUCCAUGUUUGAGGUGGACGGAAAAGAGUUCAAGGUAUACUGCCAAAACCUUUGCCUGAUGGCCAAGCUGUUCCUAGACCACAAGACAUUGUAUUAUGACGUGGAGCCAUUCCUUUUCUAUGUUAUGACCAAGGCAGAUAACAGUGGUUGUCACAUGAUUGGUUACUUUUCCAAGGAGAAGAAGUCUUUCCUGAAUUAUAACGUGUCCUGCAUUCUCACUCUCCCCCCGUACAUGAAGCAAGGCUACGGGAAGAUGCUCAUUGACUUCAGUUAUCUGCUGUCUAAGACCGAGUGUAAGGUGGGAUCACCGGAGAAGCCUCUCUCUGAUCUUGGGCUCAUCAGCUACCGAAGUUACUGGAAGAACAUUGUCUUAAAGUAUUUGCAUUGUUAUGGAUACGAUACUAUAUCCAUAAAAGACAUAAGUCAAGAGACGGCUAUCCACCCAAACGACAUCGUGAGUACGCUGCAGUACCUUGGGCUUCUAAAGUACUGGAAGGGGAAACACCUCGUCCUACGCUCGCCUGAACUUUUCGAGGAAUUUGCCAAGAGGGUGGCCGCACGUCCCGCUAACUAUCAAGAGAUCGACCCAACAUGUCUACAGUGGAGCCCGCCAGCACUUGAUGGAAAACCUUAAUGUCACCUACUCUUAGGGUCACACUGCACCCCUCAAUGUCACCAACUCUUAGGGUCACACUGCACCCCUCAAUGUCACCAACUCUUAGGGUCACACUGCACCCCUCAAUGUCACCCACUCUUAGGGUCACACUGCCCCUCUCAAUGUCACCCACUCUCAGGGUCACACUGCUCCCCUCAAUGUCACCCACUUUUAGGGUCACACUGCACCCCUCAAUGUCACCAACUCUUAGGGUCACACUGCUCCCCUCAAUGUCACCCACUCUUAGGGUCACACUGCACCCCUCAAUGUCACCAACUCUUAGGGUCACACUGCCCCCCUCAAUGUCACCCACUCUUAGGGUCACACUGCCCCCCUCAAUGGCACCUACUCUUAGGGUCACACUGCUCCCCUCAAUGUCACCCACUCUUAGGGUCGCACUGCCCCCCUCAAUGUCACCCACUCUUAGGGUCACACUGCCCCUCUCAAUGUCACCCACUCUUAGGGUCACACUGCUCCCCUCAAUGUCACCCACUCUUAGGGUCGCACUGCCCCCCUCAAUGUCACCCACUCUUAGGGUCACACUGCCCCUCUCAAUGUCACCCACUCUUCGGGUCGCACUGCCCCCCUCAAUGUCACCCUCCUUCGGUUCACACACAUCAGUCUACAGUGGACCAUAGCUGAUGGAAAAGUCUUGUAUUAUAAUCCUUAGCCUUUUUUGGUAACAUUGUGUUUUGUACGUGUAUCCUGUAUCCGAGACCAGUCUUAGGCCGCCAGCUUGAUUUAGUACACUUUUGUUUAACACCCUUUAUUAUAACAACUUGAUUGGACAGGAAUUGUAAUAUACAAAAAAGAUGUUCAAUGGGGCCAUGCGUAAACAGGCACUAGGCCCUUGUAGGACUCACCCUCAACUAAA